UUAUGGUCUCUCGAUGGUCUGGCCGAGUGGUGCGCUCUUAACAUUUCAUGCGAUAAAAAAAGAAUCUUGGAUUGUAUGAAAAAAGCUAUUCAGGAUGUAAGCAAUAAUUCUAGUUCAGAUGCCAAAUCAAAGGCCGAUCAAAUGUACGCGAAACUAGAGGCAACACAUUUCGGGACUGUUAGUCGUCUGGGUGUUGAACUGUUAGUUCGCUACAGGUCUUGGAAAUUAAAUAAAAACAAGAGCGAUUAUUUCAAGCAUUUAGAGAAUCUGACGAAAAUAAAAAGUGAUGAAACCCUUCAACUGACACAAAUCAAAAGCGAGGAAACUAUACGACUGGCUGAGAUCAAAUCGAAAAAUUUGCAAGCUCAUACCACAACGGUAGUUGAAUUCCAUAAGGACAUAGCCGAUGAUCUCAUCACUAUUGAUCGUAAGAGGAAAAUAAGUCCACCAGAUACACCAGCUGAGAACUUCAAGAAACGUAUAUUGGAUUUCGAUUACAGUUCUGACAGCUCUAUUGAGGAAAAAAAGGACAAAGCUGACGAAGCCGAAGAUUCAGAGGAUUCAGAGAAUGAGGAGAUUCUUGAUUUUAAUAACGUUACAUUUGAUGGGUGGGUUGACACAUGUGACGAUAAAAGAUGGACUUUAUGCAACGGCGAAAAAGUCAGGGAUAUUUUACUGAAAAUGACACGUCAAGAGAUCGAAAACGUAAAUCAAUCAAAGAAAUCGGAUGGAAAGAUAAAAAUAGAUGGAAAGACUCUGAGCAUCAUAAGACUUGGUCUUUCGUCUAUAAUUGAUCUGUCAUCGGAAUUUCAUAAAGGAAUGUACGUUUGGUUUGGGGAACACUGGGAAGGCUUGAAAAUGAAAGUUUUGGAGAAUAUAAAUUUUGAAGUAAAAAAAUUCGAAGAUGACAUUUUAUCCGAUAUCACUAAGAUAGAAAAAUUUUGUAUCUCUUACAAUUAUUGGGAAGCUCGUACCUACCUACUGGAUAAACUAAAAGAAAGACCCAUUGAUGAUAAACGUCGACAAGUUUUAAAAAUAUAUUAUCAUCUGGGCGAGACGGUUUCUAAAUCAACUUUAAAUCGAAAGAUAGAUUUGAGGGUACUGACUUCCAAAAACGAUAUAGAGUUAUCACAUUCAGAAUUUGCACGUAAAGCAACACCAGUAAAAAUAAUCAAAGAUCGCAGUAAGUGCCUGAGAACUAAUAAGUGCAUUUUGGAUACUUAUCUUUUGCAUAACCUUUCUGAGGAGGCUAUCGAAGAUUCCACUUUUUAUGGACUACAAUCAGCCGGUUUAGAAGGACAGCUCUUCGGAAUUGACUUACUUGAUGAUGGGUUGUAUUUUGGUUUGGAUGGUCCAACGUAUAGAUUCCCUGCACAGCUAAGCGACAUUAAAGCGUUAAGAAAUUCACUCGAAGUUUUAUACCUUUUUAAGGAAAAUGCAAUUAAUAAAGCCAAAUAUUUGUCCUGUGAUGAUAAUAAUAGCAACAUUACGAAAAUACUUCAUUCAGGAGCAAAAAUCACAAAAAAACCUAAACAUCACAAGACUAACUAUAUUAAGAAAACAUAUUUCACGCCAAAAGAAACUAUAUCCAGUGAAAUCAAAGCUCUGUGUUCACAAGAAUAA